AUCCGAUUGCUCCCACACCUGUGCGAUAAUAUCCCGGAAAUGUCCGAAGUGGCUCGGAUCCAUGUUACAAGAAACUGACGAAAGUGACUCUUCCGGCACCCUAAAUCGGCGUAUAAUUAGCAGCAAAUUAUAGAAGAUUGUCUAGGCGUAGGACGCUCGCAGAAUAAGAGGCAAGACGUCGUCCGUAUAAAAGCUGUUUCGCACUUGCAAGUCGGUUAGAAAAGUAUGUUCAGUUCGGGUGUAUGAUGUCGUUAAUGUUAUCCGACAUGAUGGGAGAGAAUGACGACGACAACAGCGAGCUGAGCGAACACGCCCGUUUUCUUACCAAAGCUAAUAACCUGGUGGCUGUUGCAGGAGCGUUCCUGCUGACGCCGUCGCAUGAUCUCAGCCUCGACAAGGCCGCGAACAUCUGCGACAAGCUCAAUUUCAGGGGCAGUUUCAGUCUCACCAAAACUGCCACCGGAAUCCUGUUCAAAUUCUCAGAGCCGGACGACUUUCAACAGGUGUUUAGGAAAGGCUUCCACAAGGUGACGGGUGGUCGAUUGUACAGAAAGGUAGCAAUACCUUGCCGUCCGCAGAAGACUUUUUCACUUCUGGUACACGAAGUGCCCAUAGAUCUGCCCGAAGACGACAUCAGGGCGAGCCUCUAUCGCUUCAGUUCAGUGGUGGAGGUCACGCGACUCCAAUCUCGGCUGGACCAAGCUCCCGGAGCACCCAAUCUCAUCCGGAUAACCGUAGCCUCUUUGGACGAAUACAACACUCUUCUUCAGCAAGGGUUAGAUUUUUAUGGGGCCACUUACUUCCCCACGGAACCGUUGAAGAAGGACAUGCUUAAGGGUAGCAAAGAAGCGGUGUUGCCGGUGUUCGAUUCGGCGGGGUUUUCCAGGAUACCCCCACCACCAAGUCGUACUCUGAAACCCGCUCGUUCGUAGACGAAACGAGUCCCCGUCCAACCCUAACCGAGUUCACCCGUUUGCGAUUGAAUUUUUGAAAACUCCCCCUUCCCGAUGUAUUGUAAUUGCACACCCCCAAUCGUUUCGUUUCCACCUCCCAAUAAAAUAACAAU